CAACUUUCAACGUACAUAAAACCCACGUUUUCGCACCAUGGCCUCCAAACAAUCCUCCUUCCUUCCGCAAUGCUCGGCCCAAACAUCUCUAGACUUCAACGCUGUACCGAGGCACUGCAUUCGGUGCCAUUCCUGGGCCCCACCAUGAACGAUGCGUUCGACACAUGCUCGGCCGUAUUUCAUGAAGUUUCAUCACAGGGACUAGCGCCAACCUUGUAUCAAAUUGCUUCACACCUUGCGGGAGAAAGAAAGCAGCACCAGGGCUUGCCUCUUAAGGGCCAGGAAGUCAUCAAGACCGCACAGGCCGUAGAUAUUGGAGCAGAGGAAUAUAAAAAUAUAGUUAUCAUCGGGGGAUCGAUAUUUGGCAUUGCAACAGCAAUGAAAGUUCGCUACUCUCUUCCCCUUCCGAAAAAUUAUCGCCUUAUCAUCAUAGAAAAACAUUCCCACAUGCAUUACAUGUUUGCAUUCCCGCGCGCCUCUGUGAUACCAGGUUUCGAGAAAGAGCUUUUUGCUCCAUAUGAUAACUUAUUCAAAAGUGCCAAGGAAGGGCGUGUCAUUCAAGCAUGCGCAACAUCCAUUACCCCUACCCACGUGGAACUGGACCGGUCUGUGGAUGGGUUCGGUACAAUAGUUCCAUACGAGUAUUUGUUGUACGGCGCUGGGGCAAAGCAUCCAAGACCAGGUUGCUUGAGUGAUGAGAACACUAAGGAAGAGGGUGUGACCGUGUUAAAGGAAUACCAAGCCCGAAUAGGACGGUCGGACAAAGUGCUCGUCGUAGGAGGAGGAGCAGUAGGACUGGAAUUGGCAGCAGAGAUCAAAGAACACUAUCCGGAAAAGGAAGUGACCUUGGUUCAUUCUCGAGCGCGGUAUCUUCAGACGUACAAGUUUGGUCUACAUCGGCGAGCAUAUUCCAUCCUUAAGAACCUCGGAGUACGGCAAAUCCUUGGGGAUCGUGUCAUCAUUCCCCCUGGUGGUUUCAAGGAUGAUGGCAAGGAAAUUGUCGUUAAAACACGGGCCGGGCUCUCCAUUACGACGGAUCUCCAAAUCCUUUGCACGGGAAUGAUCCCCAACAGCGCACUCCUCAGCACCCUCUCCCCCGCAUCGAUCAAUCCGGAAAACAAGUAUGUCCUGGUGAAGCCAAGCCUUCAAAUUGCCGAUCCGCGAUUCCCAAAUGUAUUUGCGGGAGGAGAUGUGGUGGAUCUCCCGGAUAUUAAGACCGGAAUAUCGGCAUUUGCACAUGCAGCAGUUGCCAUUGAAAACGUGGUGAAAUUGGUUGAGGGCAGGGAGAAGGGAUUAAAAGAUGACGAGAUCAAGUUGGUGGAGAGAAGUCCCGUGCUGCCGCAAAUCUACUUGUAUUUCGGCUUGCACCGCGGUGUAGCUCAGCUUUCCUAUCAUGGAUAUCUUUACACGGCGGGUACAUGGUUGGUUCGCAAGCAUUUUUCGUACAACGUUUUGGCGAGUCGGGCCUGGGAUUGGUGCGGAACACCCUUAUCAGCAGAAACAGUCGAUAUAUAAGAGAGAUGGGCUUCUACAAGUGUAUAUAGAUUUGUCGACUAUCAAUUACCAUGACAGAUAGUGUGUGAGGCUAAGAAUUCAAGUUAUAACUGGUCGUCUGAACCGCGCUACCUUUGAAAUGACGACUCUGCGAACACAAUUCGAAGGUGGUUACUUAUACACACGGAGAGACAGAACAGGGUAACA